UCGGUAGCUCAUUGGCAUUUCGGCUCCGGAGACGAACGGUCGUGGUUGUUAGCUCGAGCAACGCAGUGUGGAAACUUGUGGUCGUUACUCACUAGCCUCGUGGGUGGCUAACAGUGUUGUGGUGUUUCGUUGUUGAUUGCAAGUGAACGGUAUUAUUUCGAAAUCAGCGCGAUCCUACAAGUGUUUUGCCGUUAGAAUGCAACGGUUGAUUGUUUGAAGCAUUGAAAACAUUUAGUGAAAGCGGAAAUGAAGACCGCACAUACACACUUAUUUGCUAAUGUCGUGCCAUCUUCUGGCAACGCGUUCUAUGUGCAUAUUAGUGCAUAGUAAUAUUUAAAUAUAUUUAUUGUAAUGAAAGUGUGUGUGUACUUGAAAGUUCAUUAGCGCCAUGUAAAAAAAAAAAAUUCGCAAAGAGAUAAUGGAAAUUAAAAUCUAAAUAUAUAAAUAUACGUGUAUGUGGCUGUGUAUGUACACAUGUAUACAUAUUAACACAUUUAAAAGUGCUUAAAAGUGAAAUGGCCAAAUGAUAAAUGUGUGGGUGUGUGUGCGGAAGCCAUUGUCCCACAAAUUGGAUAAUUAAUUAAGUGUUUUAUAAGUAUUUGUUUGCAAACAGUUUGGAAUAAGUGUUAAUUAGAAGACAAGUUUAUUUAGCUGUACAAGGUGUGAAAAGUACUGCUCUUGAUUCUUUGAUCGAGAGUUAAAUAGCUAAAAUUAGCAUUCCCCAAAGACUAAUUGGCAAUGAAAAUGUUACCUGUAUCAGAAUGGCUAAAGCGCUACUACAAUGCCAUAAAAGAUAAUCCAAAUAAAGCACAUAAAAGACACACUACAUUUACAAAAAGAUUCCGCACAGCGCCAGCUGCGACUGAAAUAAAAACAAGAACAAGGCACAUGCAAAAUUAGAUGAUGAUUCCAAACAAAGUGACAUCGGCAUAAUGAGACGCGCCCCCAAGCAUUAUCCCAGAGCGAGAACGUCGAGUGCCAGCUGGCGUCGCCGGCGUCGCUUCCACAAGUUAUUUUUGCAGAUGCGUAUGUACCCGUUAUUUCGCCUGUUGCCGGUAUUAUGGUUGCUAUUAUGCUACUGUUGUUGUUGCUGCCAUUGCGCGCAUAGGCGACAAGCCGAGGAGCAAAGCGCACAGCUAAAUAACUGCUACGACAUGCAAUAUGGCUUCGAUAGGGCAUUGAUCGGCAUUGCACCAGAGCUAUUAUUACCUAGUGCUAAUAGCUCGAAUAGGGACAAUGGCAACGAAGUCACCACUGCACACAACAGCACUGCGGUAAAUGAUCUGUGGACACGGCAUCCUCUACAUAUUGGUUCAAAUGUGAGUACACAAGGCUACCGACCAGGGUCGGCUACGCACACGGGAUGGCAAUGUUGUUGCUGGAACGCCACAAAUCAAGAUGAAAUCGAGUGCCACUGCGUGGGUGAAGCGCUAAUGCGUGUGCCACAAACACUGACAGUGCCGGUGCAAAGGCUUAGCAUCGCAUCGGCAGGUUUGCCACGCGUUCGUACAACCGGUCUGAAGAAGUAUGCCGCUUCGUUGCAGGAUUUUAUACUGAAGGACUUGCAGCAUUUGGAGUGCAUCGAGGACGGUGCUUUUGACGGCCUUAAGCUGCUACGAACUAUAUAUAUUUCAAAUGCACCAAAGUUGAUAACUCUAUCGCGGGAUGUUUUUCGUGGUAUUUCGGAAACUAUUAAAAUUAUACGCAUUAUUAACAGUGGUCUAAUAAGGGUGCCCGAUUUGCGGCAUAUUCCACCGCCAAACAUUUUACAAAUGAUUGAUCUCGACAACAAUGAAAUCACUCGAAUCGAUAAGAAUUCCAUCAAUGUUAAGACUGAUCAACUAAUUUUAGCAAAUAACGAAAUAAGUUAUAUCGACGAUUCCGCUUUUAAUGGUUCCCAGAUAGCGAAACUAACUUUACGACAAAACCGAGUUUUGAAGGAAGUCCAUUCAAAUGCUUUUAAUGGGAUUAGCAUACAUGUAUUAGACCUAUCUGGCACUUCGUUGGUUAGUUUACCUCCGACGGGCUUGCAGGACAUUGAGGAAUUGCGUAUUGAAGAUGUACAAACACUCAAAACUAUUCCAUCCAUAUAUAAUUUUAAGAAUUUACAAAGAGCAUUUUUGACUCAUUCCUUCCACUGCUGUGCAUUCAUAUUCCCCUCGCGCCAUGAUCCGCAACGACAUGCUGAAAGAAUGAAAGAAAUUGAAAAAUGGCAGCAGCGUUGCAAAAAGAAUGACAAUGAUAAGGACAGCGGAGAUUUAUUGGAGAUGACCACUGGAAGUGGAAUCAGUGACAGCAUAGAUAAGACGAGAGCAAAAGAGACUGAAAACGAUUAUGAUAGUCGUAUUUGGGGCGCCAAUGGCGGUGGAAUGAGUCCACCUUAUGGUGGAGGAGUCUUUUACAGCAGUUUAGCCCGAACCGAUUUUGUUGUAAACAAUGAAGAGAACGAAGCAGAAACAGAGGUAAAUGACUACUUUGCGGAAGAAUUUGGCACAUUCCACUCGGUAAUCACUAUAAACCCCGAUGUCAUUCAAACCGAGGAGUAUUGCGGAAAUUUUACAUUUAGAAAACACGUAGUGGAGUGUUAUCCCAUGGCAAACGCCCUCAACCCUUGCGAAGAUGUUAUGGGCUACCAGUGGUUGCGUAUCUCCGUAUGGAUUGUUGUAACCCUGGCUGUGGUUGGCAAUGUUGCUGUGCUGGUUGUAUUUAUUUCUAUAAGGUCAGAGAAUCCAUCAGUGCCGCGUUUCCUAAUGGGUCACUUGGCUUUUGCGGAUUUGUGUUUGGGGUUAUACUUGCUGUUGAUAGCCGCAAUCGAUGCACAUUCUAUGGGCGCAUAUUUUAAUUACGCCUACGAUUGGCAAUAUGGCGCCGGAUGUAAGGUCGCCGGCUUUCUAACGGUUUUCGCCAGUCAUUUGUCGGUCUUCACUCUGACGGUCAUUACCAUCGAACGUUGGAUGGCAAUUACGCAAGCGAUGCACUUGAACAAACGCAUUAAGCUCCGAGCUGCCUGCUAUAUUAUGGCCGCCGGCUGGAUGUAUUCUAUUGUGAUGUCACUGUUGCCACUCUUCGGUAUCAGCAACUACUCAUCGACGAGUAUUUGUUUGCCGAUGGAGAUAAGUGAUUUAUAUGACUCAGCUUUUCUGGUGGUUAUUUUGGGUUCAAAUGGCAUGGCAUUCUCCAUUAUAACGGUUUGCUAUGCCCAAAUGUACAGAUCACUCGGCAAAGAGACACGUCAUGCCCACAGCACACAUCGAGGAGAAAUGACUGUUGCGAAAAAAAUGGCUCUAUUGGUCUUCACCAACUUUUCCUGCUGGGCUCCUAUAGCCUUCUUUGGACUUACCGCGCUCGCGGGUUAUCCAUUGAUAAAUGUGACUAAAUCGAAAAUUCUCUUGGUCUUCUUCUACCCUCUGAACUCCUGCGCCGAUCCGUAUUUAUACGCGUUGCUCACCUCUCAAUAUCGCGCGGAUCUAUACGCGCUGCUCUCCAGAUUUGGUAUUUGCAAGCAAAGUGCGAUGAAGUAUAAGAACAGCAUAUCGGCUCCGUAUACCACUACGAAUGUCACGAUGCAGGGCUCCUCUCGUCAGCAUCGGAGUUCAUCGUCGUCCAGCCGACAAGCUGAGUUGCAAUUAAUGCUGAAAAAUCAUGAGGACUUUGUAUAAGUUUAGCAGCUCUUAGAUAAUACAUACACAGUUAAAGUCCUAGUUGUGGACAAUCUUACUAAAUAAACGAAUAAAACGGGGAGAAGCUGCAGUGUGUUAGUAAA